AAUUCAGGGGACAAAGGCGAUAGAGGAGAUGUCGGGCAACGAGGAAACGAAGGCAUUCAAGGCCCUAAAGGUGAACCUGGAAUCGACGGAGAACGCGGCUUGCAAGGACCUCCGGGUCCACCAGGUCCUCCUGGGGGAUCAGAUUUUUCAAAUAAUGAUCCAAGUUGGAAACCAAGACCGAUUUACAAGGACAUUGGAUUUGAGUCAAACGUCGGGAGGCCCGGUCCCCCGGGUCCUAAAGGCGAUCCGGGUGUUGACGGCGCUCCGGGCUUAAAAGGUGCAAAAGGAGUUCAAGGAAAUAAAGGCGUUCGCGGGGAGCUUGGAAGCAAAGGAGUCAAAGGCGACAAGGGUAAUGUUGGACCUACUGGACCACAAGGUUUUAAAGGGGAACGAGGAAUACGUGGAUUUGACGGAACUCCAGGAAUGCCAGGAGAAAAUUCUCGCCCAGCGCCCAAAGGCGAAAAAGGCGACCCUGGGUCACCUGGACCACCCGGUCCACCAGGACCAGCGCUGUCAGGGGUGAAAAUUGAUAAAACGGAUACAGCAGUUGUGAAAACAGUGAAAGGUGAUAAAGGCUCAAAAGGAGAUCGUGGGGAAAAAGGAGCAGUUGGUAAUUUGGGCCCCGGAGGAAACCCUKGUCCACCUGGUUUGACGGGUCCCAAAGGUGAACGAGGAGAGCCCGGUUUACCAGCACCCGUAUCAUCUACGACCAACCUAGGAAUGAACAUCAAAGGAGAUAAAGGUGAAAUGGGAAGACGAGGUAGACGCGGAAAACCAGGUCCUAUUGGUCCACCAGGUCCACCCGGAGAGAUUGGUUUACCUGGUUUACGAGAAGACGGUUCGCCAGGCAAAGCGGGAGGUGUUAAAGGGGACAAAGGUGAUCCGGGAGAAUCUGUGAAAGGGGAAAAAGGAGAACCGGGAAAAGAUGGAUUACCAGGUUCGGGAGGAACAUACGUGCCUGUACCAGGUCCACCAGGUCCACCAGGAAUUCCAGGUGUUGCAAUCGAAGGGCAAAAGGGUGAACCUGGUGAUCCAGGAUUUUCAUCAUCGCCUCUCCGAAGUGAAAUAAACGAACCCAUAAUUGUACCAGGCGCAAUGACGUUCCCGAACAAGAAAUCAAUGAUAAACUUGACAGAUAGAACUCAGAUGGGUACCAUUGCAUUCAUCAUCGAAGAGGAAGCUCUUUUAGUCCGUGUCACCCGUGGCUGGCAGUACAUUUCCCUUGGUUCAUUGGUCACAACUGGAAUGGAUCCGGUCCCGACGAACAUUCCGUUGCCGACUAGAGUACCAUUAGAAUCAUCGAAUUUAGUACAUAACCAUCCAAUAAAAGAUAACACAAUGUGGCAUCCUAAAAUGUUACGAAUAGCAGCGUUGAACGAGCCAUACACAGGUAACAUGCACGGAGUUCAGAGUGUGGACUAUUCGUGUUAUCGUCAAUCUCAAAGAGCGGGGCUUCACGGAGCGUUCAAAGCGUUCCUGUCUUCGCGACUUAAUAAUUUGAAAACGAUCGUUCACGAAUCCGACAGAGAUUUGCCCGUCGUCAACAUCAAAGGAGACGUCCUGUUCAACUCUUGGAAAGAUAUAUUCAGUGAAAACGGCGCUUUUAUAUCACAACAGCCCAGAAUAUACAGUUUUAGUGGCAAAAAUGUACUCACUGAUUUCACGUGGCCACAGAAGACCAUCUGGCAUGGAUCUGACUUGUCCGGCGACAGUGCUGUGGACGGAAACUGCGACGCAUGGAACUCGGAGAGCGCCGACAAACGGGGACUGGGCUCGUCGUUGACGCCAAAGUCCGACCGGCAGGCAAAGCUCCUGGACCAGGACUCGGCUUACGACUGCCGCAACUUUUUCGUCGUCCUCUGCGUGGAAAUCACACCGCACUCGGGGGCGAUGUUUUCGAGGAAACGGCGCAGUGGCGUUGGAGGUUCGCUCGACGAACCGCAGCCGCCGUUGAGUCGCCAAGAGUACGAGAAACUCAUCGAAAACAUCGGAGCUUGAAUAUUAUUAUACCGAMCCGAAAACGCAUCCGUCUCGUCUGCUGUAUUCGAUUAUUACAAAAWAUUAUGUUAUCGUUUCGACUUUAUUUUUUACUGUGUACAACGACAACGAAACUGAGUUUCUUUUCCAAUUGCAUAAGAAAAAAAAAACAUCAGUUUGCUGUACGCCAUGCAAUAUCAUAACUUAAACGAAGCGACAUGAUAUAUACGAUAUAAUUCUAACCAUUGUAAUUACUAUACCGACUAAAUUAUUAUAGGUUAUAGGAUAUGUUCUUCAUUCCUCGUUAGUCGUUAUAUUUUGUUUAAUGUACAACAACAUAUUAUUAUUUUAACAAUCGCAUAUCAUUCAUACUCUCACCAUAUCUUACUCUAAAGACAAUUAUUAUUAUAAUUUUAUCGAUUGGAGAUUUUGCGAAACCACAACAGUGGAUCGCUUAAAAAUAUUAUAUUAUUAUCACACUCCGUAUGAAACUACGCUAUAUAGUGAGUCCAUCCUUAACAUUAUCAUCAUAAAACUCGCACAUAUCUUGUGGAUCUUUUAAAUUAUUUUUAUUCGAAAUUUCUCUAAAUAUUUAUAUUGGUUAAAAAAAUGUUAUCUAUGUUUUCUUUUUAUUUGUUUAUACGUAAUAAAUAGUAUUAUUAAUGACUAAGUUAAUAUUGUUGCAAAUUCCUAAUGAUUAAUGAAUAUUCAAUUUUCAAUUCCAAUCAGAAUUACAUACUUUUAAAGAAACUCCUUAUAGGCAUAUAUUAACGCUAAUCGAAUAGUUUUAAAAAAUACCUUGAUUAAAUUCAUCCAUCUUAUUGUUUGCCAUCAAAAAUUUUACCAAUAGCAACAUAAAAUCAUCAAUUAUAUUAUUAUAUCAACAGAGAUAAUGUCGUAUUUCGGUUAAAAUUCUAAUUGAAUGUCAUAAAUAACCAUUUGCAUUUAAAUGAAAAUAAAAUUAUUGUUUUGGACAUUUAGCUUAUAAUAAAUAAUAAUUGAUA